AUGCCUUCUCGUCUACUCUGCAUGACGAUCUGCGUGCCUCUUUUCUUCCUUUACCUGCAGGUGGUCGACGCAGCCAACAUGCAGGCUCGCAGGAAUCCUGCCUUGCUCACUGACCACCAAAUGUAUGGCCAGCUCAUGAAGCGCGAUCUGUCGACCCGUUCAAACUCCUGCCUCCCUGCGGUCGAUGCUGCGUCAUGCGACGGCUUAACCGGCUGCGCCGCGGACCAAGAGUGCUGCAACGCUCUGGGGUGUCGACCCAAGGACAGCGUCGCCUGCGGGACCGGGUAUGCCACCGACGGAUGGAAAUGCUGCGGCUCCAGCUGGAUGUAUCCCGCCAGCCAGGGGGCCAUCUGCUGCGGCGGGUCGCAGGGCUACUGGUGUCCGGCCGGGUUCCAGUGCGUUACGCAUCUGAUCGUGCAGUAUAGCUGCUGCACCGACGACACUUGCAAUGUCUACUGGAACGGCACCGACACCGUCACGGUCUCUUCAUCGUCGUCCUCGACCUCCCCGACCCUUCCACCACCAGCCACAGCACCGGUGACAACACCAGUCACAACACCGCCCGCAGACACGACGCCUUUGCCUCCUCCCACGACCAAGAAAACCAGUAAAACAACCCCCGCCGCAUCUCCCGCCGCGACGCCCACGACAUGCAACCCCUCCGGCCCGCAACCGACAUUCAUCCUGCAACAAACAUCCAGCCCUCUCAAGAAGGAGAACGGGACCUACGCGGUCCUCUCCAAAAUCGGCGGCGGACGCGACAAGAUCUCCUUCGGCGCCACGUCCUCCUCCAAGGCCACGAAAUUCACAUUCAACAAGGCAUGCGGCCUCGUCGGCGUUGCCAGCAAGGAAGUCGCCAACUUACACCCGCCGUUCACCGCCGCCACGGCACCGGCCACGACAUUGUGGUUCGACUCACCCGCCAAUAUCACGGCCAAGGCCUACACCACGCCCAAAUUCAACAGUGCGAGUGGUGGGAAGCAAUUGACGGUGAGCGUCGCGGGAGUGGCGGAGAAGUGGUUCUCGUGUAAUGGCACCUUGAGCGUCGGGACUAAGGCGGGAAGUAGUAGUAGCAAGUGCGUCAAGAUCGCGUUGACGCCGCAUUUUGUCAAGAGCUGA